UCGUUUGUACCAAAGUCAAAUUUUGAACUAUUUUGAGGGCCCGUUGCAUCAAUCACGGUUUAAACUGGGCUCACUAGAAUUUUGAACUACUUUGAGGGUUGAUUCACGGCUGAUUCAAUCACGGUUUAAACUGGGUUCGCUGGAAUCUGGUUCAUAAUUUGAACCAACAUCAAAGAAAGAACCGUUGUACUUAACCUCUCGGCCUAAUGAUGCGCGACUUGAUGAGUAUAAAUAUGCAAGAUAGAAAGCAUUAAGUUCUAUCGUAAAAGAAAUAUAAAUUUCCGGACUUGUUGCUGAUUGGAAAAGCCAAAGACAGAACUAUCCAACUGAAACAGGAUCAGGAUGAACAUAAAUCAAGAUAUUCAGCCAGCGCUGUGCCUUUCAUUAGACAAUUUAAAUUGGAUUUAUCGGGGAGAAGGAAAUGCUAAUCUAGUCAUAUCGUUGCCCCAGGAGAAAAUUAUCCUUCGGAUGCAAAAAUGUGAAUAUGAUAUCAUUGUUAACAAACGAGUGAUUCAGCAGAUGGAGUUGAAAAUAAUUACGGAUUUAAAAUUUUAUAAAUUUGUUAUGCUACCUCUCCUUGGUAAAGCCUUUGUACAGCCACCUUUUUUAGCUAGGAUAUCUGAUAAAGAAAUUGCUGAAUUGGAUGCCAAAUUGUACAACUUCCGUCCAAGUUUUAGAUUAAACAAAGGUGUUCGAUUUAGCCUUUUAACUGGUCAUCCUGAUUACACGCAUCUUCCACCCAGCCUCACGUAUGAAUAUUUCCAAAGUGGCCUUCAAUGUUCCAAUUUACUUGCAUUGCAUAAUGAGUGUUUUACAUAUUGCAUAGAAAUUAAACCAAAACAGGGUUGGAUUCCUUUGUGCGAUAGAAAUCAUCCUAAAUGUGCUUUCUGCUGUAACCAAUAUUUAAAAUAUAUGAAAAAACGUGUAAGGAAGAUUAGUCAGUAUUGCCCACUGGAUUUGUUCUCAGGAAACAUAAGCCGAAUGAAGAAAGCUCUGAAAAAUUUGUUAAAAACUCCACAAAAUAAUCUUAAAAUUUUUGAGAAUGGUAAUCUGAUCUAUAGUGAGGACAGCCUAAGAGACUAUGUUGAAAUUUUAAGAGCUAUCUUGGAACCAGGCAGUGAAGAAGUGAAUUCUGAAAGGCUGAUUGAAAAGUGGAGUGCUCUAUUACAAGAAGCUUUAACUAAGCGACUAUCAGACGCUCCAUCAUACACAUUUGUUCAAGAUGGAAAAGAAAAUGAUACUAAAGACAACAGCGUUGGGAUCCCGAUGUCUUCCCCACUGGAAGGUAUGAUUCCAGCAUGUGAUUGGAAUUCAGAACCGUUACCUGAAAAUUGUGUUUUACAAAGGAUCUUGUCAAUACAAAAGUUGCAAAACACUAGUUUCAAUAGUAUAUACAAAUCAUACUGUGAUAAGAAAGAUUUUGAGGAAGAUUAUGCAUAUGUCGAUAAUUUAUUGUGUGUAAAAAAAUGCUGGGACCCCAUUCAAAGAUAUUUAUUAGCAACCACGGCUAAAGAUUGUUCCAUUUUUAUUACUUUGCAGAGGUGUUCAAAUAAAAACAUUGACAACAACCUUCACUACGUUACAGACUUUGAUGGAAUAAGUUACAGAAUAAAUAUUGGCAUAUCUGAUCUUGAUUCUAAACCAUUGUCUUGUAUAGAGAAGCACUACAGGAGAGACAGUGAAAUUCUUUCAGCCAUUCUGUUCUAUGCAAACUCCAAAGUCAUGUAAAUUCAUAUAAAAAUCAAAAUAUUUUGUUAAUAUUUUUGAUAAAAUAUUUUUAUUGUGUGACGAACUUUAAAUUAAAAUGUAACUUAAGUAACCGACUCGUUAUUUAUUCUCGAAAAAUCAGAUUUGUACUGUUUUUUGGCUGUGUAUAAAAGUACAGUAUAAAUUUAUUUGAAUAUUUAUUAUUUGCUAAACAGCUGGAUUUUAUUUUCUGACCUUCAGAAAAUUACACGUAAUUUUUUCAAUAUUUAAAAUUUGUAAUUAUGUCUUUUCUCUUUUUUUAAAUAUUUUCUUUCAUAUUUUCCAUUAUGGAUCAUUUUUUAUUGACAUUUGCUAGGCCUUUUGGGAGGUGUUGAUUAUUUUUAUAAAAGCAAUCCAUAACUUUUGCAACUUUUAAACAUCUUUUGUAUCUUAGUCAUACGGGACAUAAACAGCAUGAUUAUUGCACAAAGGUUAUGACAUAGUUCAAUUUUAAUAAAGGGUACAA